AUGGACGUGCCGACAAGGACACUUAACCUGCUUGCUCGGCAAGGGUCACAAACGAAGCCCGUCGAUGUCUUUGCUUCGCUAAUCUCAAAUCCUUUCGCACAAUCGGCAAGUNCUUCCAUGACCAUCGGCUCCAAUCUUGUCGUCGUCUACGCUCCUCGCUCACGACAUGCCGACUCCAAACACGCCCCACCGCCGGUCGGCAAGGGUGUACUCGAUUGGGUCGCACCCGUCCUCAAGACAAAAGAGCUGGAACUGGUCGAGAAGGUUGGACUCGACGCCACCAUCUUCCUACGCUUCGCAAACAUGUGCCGAAACAUUUUUGUUUGCAUCACCGUGGUGGGCCUUGCCAUUUUGNUCCCCAUCAAUUUGUACGAGCAUCGUAGCUCUCUCGGCAGCGUCCACACAGAGAACUUCUUCACGCAGUUGACGUCGCAGGGCGUCCAGGGCAAAUAUCUGUGGGGCUACGUCCUGCUCGCCUGGUUCGCAAACUUGACUAUCGCCUUCUUCCUCUGGCGCAACUACAAGAGCGUUGCCAGAUUGCGCAGAGCUUAUUUCGACAGUCCGGAAUAUCAGAAGAGUCUGCAUUCUCGAACUCUUCUUGUCACCGAGAUCCCCAGAGGUCUUCGAACUGACGAAGGACUUGUCAAGAUCGUCACUGAAGCCAAAGACACUGGCUCAAACCCGCGUACCGCCAUUGCUCGCAACGUCAAAGAUCUACCAGAACUCAUCGACGAGCACAACGAGACGGUCAGAAACCUCGAGCAGGUGCUUGCUAAGUACCUCGCAAAUCCCAACAAGCUGCCGCCAAAGCGACCGACAUGUUCCGUGAACAAGUCUGAUCAGACCUACCGCAAGGGCCAGAAAGUCGAUGCUAUCGAAUAUUUGACUGCGCGUAUUAGAGAGCUCGAGAUCCAGAUCAAGGAGGUCAGAGAAUCCAUCGACAAGAGAAACGCCAUGUCAUAUGGAUUCGCCAGUUAUGAAUCAAUCGCCGAUGCUCAUACUGUUGCAUACAAAACACGCAAGAAGGGUCCACAAAAGACAUCAAUUCGUCUGGCACCUAGGCCGCACGAUCUCAUUUGGAAGAACUUGCCCAUGACAAGUAAACAACGAAACUGGCAAACCUUUAUCAACAACAUCUGGGUCGCUGUUUUGACUGUUGUUUGGAUCGUCCCUAACGCUCUCAUUGCCGUUUUCCUUUCCAAUUUGGGCAAUUUGGCCAAAUUGUGGCCUGCUUUUGCGACUAAUCUCGCCAACAACCCGAAGACAUGGGCUGUCGUUCAGGGUGUGGCAGCACCUGCUCUCACGUCUCUCUUCUACUACUUCCUGCCUGCCAUCUUUCGAAAACUGAGCAACAACGCGGGUGAUUUGUCAAAGACCAGCAGAGAACGCCAUGUCAUGCACAAGCUCUACACCUUCUUCGUUUUCAACAACUUGUUUCUAUUCUCGCUUUUCGCUGCCAUCUCGGGUUAUGUCCGUGCCGUCAUCGACAGCAGUGAGCAAGAAGACGCCUGGUCUGCCAUCAAAGACGGUCAAUUGUUGCAGAAGGGUAUAACGGCCCUCAACUCGGUCUCAACCUACUGGAUUACUUGGCUACUUCAACGUAAUCUCGGCGCCGCUGUUGACCUUGCUCAGUUUGUCAACCUUGCCUGGGGCUCGUUUUCACGUCACUUCCUGCAUCCUACUCCCCGUGAGCUAAUCGAACUAAGCGCGCCACCGACGUUUGAUUAUGCUGGAUACUACAAUUACUUCUUGUUCUACUCGACUGUCGCAUUGUGUUUCUCAUACAUUCAGCCACUGGUACUGCCUGUCACGGCUUUCUACUUCUGGGUUGAUUCGUAUCUGAAGAAGUAUCUGCUCAUGUACGUCUUCAUCACCAAGACAGAAUCCGGAGGUCAGUUCUGGAAGGUCUUGUUCAACCGAUACAUCUUCCUCACCAUUCUCUCCGACGCUCUGGUGGCUUUGGUCUGCGUAGGUAACACCACCUUUGGCUACACUGAAUGGUUGCCCAAGGUCUGCGCUCUGGCCCCAUUGCCAAUCAUUAUGUUGGCUUUCAAGUGGUGGUGCGCUUCGCACUUCGACAACAAGUUGACCUUCUACACAACUGGAGUUACAGCAGCGGACACCGAGAAUGCAGCAGAGAUGAAGACCAAGCGCACAGACCGUGUCGGCGUCCGCUUUGGUCAUCCUGUGCUUUACAAGCCCCUCAUCACACCUAUGGUCUCGGCAAAAUCGAGGCAUCUUCUGCCAACCGUUUACUCCGGUCGUACUGCAGAGGUAGACAUCCCAGUGGCCGGAUAUUCGGAUGUAUACAUGGAUGCCAUGGCGCACGACGAGCCUGGUAAGACGGCUAAGGGCGAGGCACCGGCACCUUUCGAGUUUGUGUCCGAGAACCAGAUGGACUUCGAGUUCUAUAAGAACCGACCCGAGUUCAGGGAUGUAGCAGGUGGUGAGGGAGAACUCUACGGCAGACCUCAAGAUCAGGUGCGUAGAGGAUCGCACGGUACUUUGAUGACACAAGAUGGCACUGUCAUGACGGACUACGACAGCCGCAGAGGGUCGAGUGAUUCUGCAGCCACAAGGACGGGCGAUGAGAUGGGCACGACUUAUCCUCAGGGAUACCACAAGACACCGACGGCACUGCGCGAUAACAGUCCUGCCAGUAGUGUACGCUCGAUGGAUAUCGGUAAUGCCGAUCGCCGUUACGAUAACGAACACCUCUUGUCGGGAGCAGCAGUCGUCGCCGAGCCGGCAAAGGUCAACAGCCUGGAAAGCCUCCGAGCAUGGAUCCAGCGCACCGCCCACAUCCCCGUCAAUAAACAGGUCUUCCUGACAAACAAGGGCAAGGCCGUACGGCCGCAGACGCUGCUCACCGAGCCCGAAAUCUACGUCUUUGACUCGUCCUCGUUCUCGCCCACCAAUACCAGUCUCUCGCUCAUCCCGGACCCAUCUCCUCUGAACCCUGACACUCCGCCCGACUCUAUCGCCAACCAUGACCAGCUUCCAUCAUGGAACGACUUGUUUCGUCGUCGACUCGACUGGGCAAGAGCUCUGCGCGAUCAGUACGCCGACUGGGUUGACAGUACACAGCGAUACCAUCAAGAGCAGGCCAUCAUCGAACAGAGCGUCAACGUCGCUGUCAUGAGCCUGCACCUCCACAUCCGUUCUACCGAACAGAGAUAUCACAACGAGGAAGAGUGGGUGGACAAACUGCUUAAGCAGCAGGAGGCACACGUCGACAGCUGGGAAAGAGACCUUGAUAUUCUGCAGCACAUUCCAGCCAAUCCCGACUUUGCUCGCUACAUCCAGUCCCAGACCGCUGUGUCUUUGCAGCAAUCUGGACAUGACUCCAAUGUCACGCUACAGCAAUUCGUCCAGGUCGACCACAUCAGACAAGCCGCAUCGUCUGCUCAGAACAUCAUGACCAACUUCGCACAAAGGGUUCACAACAUUCAACAAUCGCUAGACACAACCGCGAAAGAUAGCGAGGCUCUCCUUGACGCCGUUCAGACUGUGAGUCUUAGUCGAGUCGACAAUACGGACGAGCCAGCAAAGCUCCUCGAAGAGGUCGAUAUUAUCGUGAACAAAAUGUCCAAUGACUUGGAACACGUGAAAUCCUUGCCAAACAAUGCCCAGAAUGCCGCGAGAGCUUCUAAAAUGGCUCUGCUACACACACGGAACUACCUGCCUAAUCUCGACGGUUUGUGUCUCGAGCUCAACUCACUGGUCCGCCAGACAAUUCAACAACGUAACAAUGCCGCUCAGAACUUUUUGCAUCACAUGCAGACUUUGUCCAGCAUCGAGUCUCGUCUGGCUCAGGUACACUCAAGUCUCAAAAAUCUGAACAUGUCGCAGAGUGACGAGCAAGUUUUUGACACACUCAACGUCUUGUCUAAGCUUCCAUUUGUCUAUGGCUCUCUCAUGAUCGAAGCUGUACGUCGUCGUGAAUGGGCCGACAAAAUGAAGUCUGACUCUGCCACACUCGCUGAAGAGAUGGCUACCUAUCAGGAAGAGGAAGAGCGCCGUCGGACUAAAUGGCUCAAGUCUGUCGAUGAUGUCGUCAAGACUGAAGUCUUUGAAGGGCAGCCUUUGAGCGUCGAAGUGAACCUUCAAGCGGAUGAUCUCGAGUGGCCUAUCGUGCAGAGACAGCAUUUACAAGAGUACAUCCAGAUCUUAACCGAACUGGAGCUGCCUGACUCUGUUACGCAAACUCUAUCAACUGCCCUCAAGGAUCUGGACCGUCCUACCAAGAAGCAGAUCAAGCAUGCCAAGACGUUCAAGAAUGGCAGUAUGCACGAGGCCGCUUUUGGAACCACUUCCCUCAUGCUUCGUGGUGAGGACGAGUACAAGGUUCUCAGAGAAGCAAACAUCAAGCUCGAGGAAGAGUUGAAAGGGCAGAAGAGUCGAGUACGAAGACUAGAAGAUAUUCUUCACCGCCAUGCUCACAUGAACCGCGUUACGACGGGUGAUAGUUUCAGGCCCUCGAUCGAACUGGUUUCCGACAUGGUCAGCCCGAUUCCGCCAUCGCCAAGACCUUCAGAGGAAUUGGUCAGGCAGACUGUCAGCUCUAGACGUCCGUCUUCAAGCUUAGCUGCUGAAGAUGGUAAACUCGCAAAGCGCAUAGUAUCGCUCGAAGCCGAACUCCACGCCGCCAAGGAGCAUUCUUCAAAUCUCGAAAAGGAUGCUGAGAACAGAAAGCGGAAGGAUGUUGAUGCCGAGAUUGCAAAGAUGAAACAGUCUGCGGAGGAAGCACAGCUGAAGCACCACACUGAUCUUGAAGAAACCCAGUCUUUGCUGCGGAAACAGCAAGAAGAGAACCAACGCCUGAAGGAGCAACUGCAAGUCCUUACAAAGAGUAAAGAAGAACAGCAACAGUACGAAUCUGAUAACUUCCGGAUUCUUAAAGAGACUCACAAGCAUCUAUCGCCCACCAGCUCACCUCCAGAGAAGUUCAUGGAUCUGGUUCCUGCUUUGGAAGGGCUUGCACAGAAGUCUGCGGAUCAUAGUAGCACUCAGAGGACUGAGCUCAAAGCAGUCAAGGCGAAGCAGGCUGUUAACGAGACUGAGCUCAUUCGCUUGCAAGAUGAGAUGGAGGCAGAGAAGGCGCACGCCGAAUCGCUGGCAACGUGUCUUGAAGACGAACGCGAGCAGUUGCGCAAGCUUCGCUCAAAGUUCGCCGACGGAGAAACGGGUGCAGAUGUGCUUCGCCAGCGUGUCACAGAGGAGGAAGGUAGAGUCAUCCAACUCUCGGAACAGCUCUCCGAUACUCAGACUCGUGCUGCUAGUCUUGACGUGGAAAUCAUGCGAGUACAGAAGCAGCUCAACGAUGCGAAAUCCACAGCUGCUUCUGUCGAGGAACAACUCAGGCAGCGUGGUGCUCGUGCCAGGGAGAUUGCACAGCGCCUGGAUGGCAAUAUGAUCAUCGAGCGGGCUUCUAAGGUCACUGCUAGCACCACUUUCGACCCUACAUCAAGUCUCACUCGUGCGAUAUCGAUGUCCUCGCCCCCUCCGACACGCAAAACGUCUACCGUUUCCGAUGAUUCUUCAAGUCUUACUUUCCUGCACUGGUCCGAAGCCACCGAUGCGGCUGAAGAAGAAUCGCAAUAUGCUGACUAUCUGAACCAUAUCUCCUUGUUCAGCACCGACAUCUUCAGCGAAGCUAUCAGCAAACGCCUUCGUGACUUUGAAUACACGGCUCGGAAGUGGCAAAAGGAGGCACGCGGAUACAAAGAGAAGAACACGCGCUUGCAAGCCGAGUCCUCAGUCAAGAUUGCGGUUAGAGACUUUAAAGAAGGCGACCUCGCCUUGUUCUUGCCGACUAAAGGCCAGCGAACCGGCGCAUGGGCCGCCUUCAACAUCAAUGCACCACACCAUUUCUUGCGGGAACGUGAAGGUAUGGUUCUAAACCGCCGUGAGUGGCUCGUCGCCCGCAUCUCCAAGAUUGAGGAGCGUGUUGUCGACUUGUCGAAACCAGCUGCAUCAUUCGAUGGUCGCAGCAUUGGCUCAACAAGCGUGGACGCCGCUUCUCUGGACGAGAUGAACGACAACCCUUUCGAUCUCUCUGAUGGAUUGACAUGGUAUCUGGUGCAUGCAUCCGAAGACAAGCCCGGCGCUCCAACUACGCCAGGCUUAGGCAAGAGCACCGUCGCCAGCUCAUCCGUAGACGCUAGAGGCAGUAUACGCAUGAAGAAACAGAGUGACCUGAGCGAAGCAGCAAAGACACUUAACAAGAGUCUCGACAGCCGACGCAGCAGCUCAAACUCUAAGAAAGGACUUACAGCAGGCUUCUUGGGCGAAUCUGUAAGAAGGGGAGAGAGUGGAAAUAGCGUUGGAGAUGAGUCUUUGAGGAGGAAGGCAAGUGAGAGGGGUUUGGGUGUUGACUCUUCGGCCGCCACUGCCGCCACCUCGCCGCAGGAUCUGUCAUCGUCACAGCAGCAGCAGCAAUCUCAG